AUGGAAAGACCACCGCAACAGCAACAACAAGAACAACAACAAGAGGAACAACAGUACGGCACGGAGGAAUUGGGCGCGAUGAAUCCGGACACCAUCGCCGACGCCUACCAGGGUGAGCCACAGACAGGUGAGGAAGAUAUCCCGGUGAUGAUUGAGACGCGGGUGGUGCGUCUUCACGGGCUCCCGUACUCCGUAAGCGAGGAAACCAUUCGUGCCUUUUUUGCGGAAUUUGAACUGGAUGAAAAGGAUCCCAUCCUGCACUUCACGGAGGGAUUACAUCGUGGGACUGGAUUCGUUCGCCUGAAGAGACCCGAGGAUGUGGAGGAAUCCAUAAAGAAGCUCCACCGCCAGCAUAUUGACGCCAAUCGCUACGUUGAGCUUACCGCAUCGACCGAAGAGGAGCGUCAACGUAUAUUGGAACAACAAGAGCAGGGAUGCAAGACACACGUCCUGCGAUUACGAGGGCUUCCUUUUACAUCCACAGAGGAAGAUUUAAGGGAGUUUGUCAGGUCUGUUCCGGGAGUAACGCGUGUGGAUAUCUGUCGGGACAUGGAGGGACGCAACACCGGGGAUGCAUUCAUUCAGCUUGCCACAGAAGAAGAUGUCGAGGAGGCAAAGCAGCUUCACAAUAAGACAAUGGGCUCACGCUACAUUGAAGUUUUGCCUUCUACAAUGUAUGAUCGUGACGCCAUUAUGCGAGCCGCCAGUCUUCGUGCACGUCGUGAUCGUCGUGGUACACGUGCUGGCGACAGUCCUUUGGUGGGCCCACGCAAUCAUGGCAACGGUGUUUCCCCUGGUGCGAUGCAAAUGCUGGCACCAAACUUUUUUGACCCAUUUAUUGCGGCUGCGUGCAUGGGAUAUAUGCCCCACGUUUCUUUUGGUAAUGAGUUGUCACAAAACCCAUAUGAGCGCAGUGGGAUGCCACAAGGAGCGCCUUACGGAGUCCCCGGUGGUCCACAGCCGUUGUUUCCGAUGUUCCCCGGUCAUGCACCGAUGGUGGCGCCGCGUGCGCCAAGCCCCCACGUAGUUCGCAUCCGCGGUGUGCCGUAUGCCGCGACGGAGGAGUCAAUCGCGGAGUUUUUUGCGGGGGUGAAGAUACCGCCUCAGGGUGUUCAUAUGGUGUACAAUGAGCAGAACCGGCCCACCGGGGAGGCGUUUGUGGAGCUGGAGAAUGACUCGGAUUUGGUGGCGGCCCUGGAACGAAACGGUGGGGCGAUGGGGAACCGCUACAUUGAAGUCUUCCAAAGCAGUGUGGCGGCGAUGCAGCGACUGGGGAGCCCACUCACGGGGAUGAUGAACAUGAUGCAGUACUCCAUGCCGGGGUUGGGUGUUGUGCCGCAGCCGCACUGCUGA